AUGGCUUCGUUUUGUGAAACCCCCGAGCCUGGAGACCUGAUUGAGAUUUUUCACUUUGGCUACAAGGAUUGGGCCAUCUACGUGGGAGAUGGUUAUGUGAUCCAUCUGGCUCCUCCAAGUGAGUUCCUCAGAUUUGGUUCCUCCAAAAUGUUCACAUUUCUGAGCCGCAAGGCUGUGGUGGCAAAGGAUCCCCUGGAGGAUGUGACGUGGGGCUGCUUUUACCGGGUCAACAACCGCUUGGACCAUCAGUACCGGCCACGGCCUAUUGAUGAGAUCAUCAGUUCUGCAAAGAAGAUGAUUGGUGACAAGAAGACGUACAAAGUUUUAUGUGAGAACAGCGAGGACUUUGUCACUGAUCUGAGAUAUGGCUGGCCCCGCUGCAAGUUGGUAAGGCCUCAUUGGUGGAUCCAGGUUGUGGUGAAACAGGAGCCUCUGAAGGAAGUAGUGAAGGAAGACGAGUACUGGGUCAGCAACUACUUGGACUGUAAGUACAAACCUCGGCCUGUUGAUGAGAUUAUCAGUUUGGCGAAGAAGACAAUUGGUAAGAAGGUGAAGUACAACCUUCUGUGUUGCAACUGUGAGCACUUUGCCACGGAACUGAGAUAUGGCAGGCGCCACAGCAACCAGCAACUCUCCCCACUGGAUAAAGCCAUCCUCCAGAGGGCUCACCAUGGCUACCACCAUUCUGGCCCAGAGGAGAGGUGA